UUCGGUUGGGCUGACUGGGCCUACUGAUGAGAGACAAAUAUCUUACUUCGGCAAUGCUCGUAUCUUUUACAUAUUAUAACAAAAAUCAACAUGGAGUACAAUCGUUUCUGUGAUGACAAUUACAAAAAUUGGCUGAAAACAACAGAGAGUUUGAUCAUUCUGCGGAGUCAUAUCCGCGAUUUCGUAGAAAACGAAACCGAUACUCAUCAUAGAGAUCUUCGGGAGAAGAUCAGGAACGUUUUUAAAGAUGACAUUUGCAAUUCUAAAUGCGAUCUGAAGAAGACAAAGGAGCCUUGUGAGAAAUGUACUCAUUGGAAAGACACAAUCCUGCAACAUCACACCUCGAAGAGGCAGGCUGUUCACUGGGACAACUGUACACCACAUCUUUGGCCUUCAGAAAAAUGGGAGGUGGCCAAGGUGUACAUGCCGAGGGGACAUAAGAAUCAUCGCCGUUUCGAGGAAUUUGACAUUGCUGCCAUACUGAACCUCAUGAGCAACUGCAAGCAUUUUAAGAAAUUUGUGGCUGGACAAUGUAUAACAAAGGUCAUCGAAGCAAGGAACCAACUGAUGCAUUCUCCUGACUUCAGGCUGAGUACGGAGGACAGGGAAAAACAUUGGCGCAAUGUUUUGGCGCUGGCAGAAUCACUAAAGCGUUACGUCCCUGAACUGGAGAACCUAAAAGAUGAUGUUAACAAGUUCAACAGAAUUUUGGAGAAGCAGCUCGGACGAGUUUUAGAUAAGAGCGGAGAUAAGGAGAAACCUGAUGAUGUGGAAUCCAUGAAAGAGCUCUCCAAAUUUUUGGACAAAGAGCAGCAGGCUCUGAAAGAGAAGAUUGAGUUUCUGGCACAACGUUAUGAGGAGGACAAGGAGCCAGGCCUUAAAGAGGAAUUAUUGGGAUUGAAGAGUUUCUUUGACCAAAACAAAGAUCUCCUGGAGAAACUGAAGCCACAGAUUGACCAUCUGAAGCAGAUAGAGGAGAAGGUUGAGAAACAUGGGCAGCAGAUCAGUGUUCUAAAUAACAGGGUGGACCAAUUGGAGAGAGUGACAAAUGAUCCAAUUUUUGCUGGGGAUCCGUUGAAAUUCAAGAACCAUCUAUAUGAAAUGGCACGAAAGUACACUUGGACAGAACCUGUUUUCAGCGAGAUUCUCGAUGCUAGUGGCUACACAGGGCAGGUGGAGAUCAAUGGACAAAAGUUCACUGGAACCCAGGUGUGCAAUAGUAAAAAGAGUGCACAUCAGGAGGUAGCAAAGAUUGCGUUGGAGGAAAUCCAAAAACAGCCCCAAAAUUUUCCCCGGGAGCAACCAUCAAUCCAUCCAGAUACACAGUCCGACAGCUCGACCUCCUCUUCAUUUACUUCAUUAUCCACAGGUUCCGUGUUCUAUGGCAGUGUAACAGUGACCCUUAACUCAGAAGUUAUGUCUAAAGAGUCGUUCUCAGAAGCACCGGAAGCUACUGAAUCUGCCUAUAAGGAAGUAGCCAGUCUGUUCCACCUGGAAACUCCUCUGAAAGGAGUUUUCUAUAAGACGCUCGUCCUGGAGUAUUUUGAUAAAUAUAAUUUCCCAGUACCCAUCGAAGAGCUUGAUAAAGACCAAUCCGAGAAAAUCAUCUGCAAGCUCAAACUCAUCGGGAACUUUAAAUUUGAGGAAAAAGAGGGCUCCGCCAAGAAGAAGCAGGCAAUGCAGCAGGCAGCUAAGGUGGCUCUUCAUGACCUCUCAGGGGUCCUCAGAUGUUCUAAACCAGAGGCAGAGGGAAAUUACAUAGGUUUACUGAAGGAGACUCUAGAAGCACGGAGUCUAGGGAGCCCAUCUUAUGACGUAGUUGAGAUAAAGCGUGGGAGUGGUGGAGAGCCUGUGGCCCAUGUUCCAGUCAAAGCCAGUCCGCAGACUUCUCGGAAACUACAGGCUGCAUCAGAAGGCAGUGCCACACCAAUCCCCAUUGUCAGCUCUGCCAUUUCUCUGAACGCUGAGUCACGUGAUCCCAGCCCUCAGCCUUCUCUCAGAAAAGUGGCCAGAGUGGAGCACCCAGUUCCUGUCAAAGCCAGUCCGCAGACUUCUCGGAAACUACAAACUGCAUCAGAAGGCAGUGCCACAUCAAUCCCCAUUGUCAGCUCUGCCAUUUCUCUGAACGCUGAGUCACGUGAUUCCAGCCCUCAGCCUUCUCUCAGAAAAGUGGCCAGAGUGGAGCACCCAGAGAUUGAGAAGUUGAUGAAUGUGUUUGCCCUCAAGCCUCCUUCUGUAACAGUGGAUAGCAUGAAAAUUGAGGAGAAUUUUCUCUGCACUGUCACCAUCAGGCUGGACAAGUACAGCUUCGAGAACAAGGCUACACACAGCUCUAAAAAAGAGGCUGUCCGUAAAACCUAUUUGAUACUUGGUUGUGCAAUAGGGAUCUUUGAGCCUGACAUAGAUGAGAGUAAGUCAACCAUGCUGGUAAAACAGCAUUUUUCACAGAAGAAUUCAGACCAUCCUUUGGAAGACGUAGGAAAAGAGAGUCCGUUUUUCUGCACUCUUAAGGAUAUAUCCUGCAGCUGUGUUUAUGAAGGACAAGGUGCCUCAGUGGAAAAAGCUAGACAAGAGGCAUUCCAGAAGGCUCUGUGCAAAUUAGCCCCUCUAUUUGGCUACAAGUCAGUUCCCAAGACCAGCAGUGCCAAGGAGUCAGAGGACCAACUUACUGCUAUGGUUACAAAAUCUGGUCUGGAUGCUCCCUUGUGCAGCGUGAAUGAUCCCCUUCACAAAGCAACCAUCCAACUCAAAUUCCAAGACUACACUCUGGAAAACACGGGCCAGGCGUCCAGGAAAAUAGCUCGGAAUCAGCUCAGCGCACGGAUCUUAGGUCUGCUGGGGGAAAAGACAGACACACUGUCUGCGAGGAACUGCCUUGAUGAGUGGUUUAAACAAAAGGGGCUUCCACAGCCUGUGUUUGAGGACAAAGAAGAAACAGACGACAAAAAAAAAAAUCUAGGCGCUAGGGCUAAAUUCUCUGUGUCUUUGUCCUGCUCCCAUCCAGAUUGGGAAGAGAGCAUGGACAAAGCAGUUGAAAAGCUGGUCAAAGAGCUACAGCACAGAUUUGAAAACCUGACUGACUGA